AUGUCACUGGAAGGUGGCAAGAUACCGGCUAUGUCGGUGGCAAAAUGGUUCAAGUACCCACCAAAGCCGGAUCACUUACCACCGAUGGAUAGGAUCGCGGAAGGACUCAUAACGCCGCGGCUACCGUUCGUUCAAAUACGGAAGCUGAAGCACGAGUGUAACUAUGCGAUCUUCCAUAGCGAACGCGACGCCAUCCCUAGUGCAGGCUCCAGGGAGUUCGACGCCUCGAGGCUCCUCUCUGGGCCCUAUUUGAGUGGCUGGAUCCACCAGAGUCAACGCGACGCCAUCCCUAGUGCAGGCUCCAGGGAGUUCGACGCCUCGAGGCUCCUCUCUGGGCCCUAUUUGAGUGGCUGGAUCCACCAGAGCGAACGCGACGCCAUCCCUAGUGCAGGCUCCAGGGAGUUCGAAGCCUCCAGACUCCCCUCUGGGACCUGUUUGCGUGGCUGGAUCCCCCAAAGUUCCAUAGCGAACGCGACGCCAUCCCUAGUGCAGGCUCCAGGGAGUUCGACUCCUCCAGGCUCCUCUCUGGGUCCUGUUGGCGUGCUGGAUCCCCCAAAGUUCCAUAGUGAACGCGACGCCAUCCCUAGUGCAGGCUCCAGGGAGUUCGAAGCCUCCAGGCUCCCUCUGGGCCCUGUUUGCGUGGCUGGAUCCCCCAAAGUCAAAAUUUUAACCAUGGAUCUCCCUAGUUCCAUAGUGAACGCGACGCCAUCCCUAGUGCAGGCUCCAGGGAGUUCGAAGCCUCCAGACUCCUGUCUGGGACCUGUUUGCGUGGCUGGAUCCACCAAAGUGCAGGCUCCAGGGAGUUCGACUCCUCCAGGCUCCUCUCUGGGUCCUGUUGGCGUGGCUGGAUCCACCAGAGAGAACGCGACGCCAUCCCUAGUGCAGGCUCCAGGGAGUUCGAAGCCUCCAGACUCCCCUCUGGGACCUGUUUGCGUGGCUGGAUCCCCCAAAGGUGAGCUUCUAAGGCUUCAUGAGUUGGACCUCUUUCUCACGGUGAACGCGACGCCAUCCCUAGUGCAGGCUCCAGGGAGUUCGACUCCUCCAGGCUCCUCUCUGGGACCUGUUGGCGUGGCUGGAUCCACCAGAGAGAACGCGACGCCAUCCCUAGUGCAGGCUCCAGGGAGUUCGACUCCUCCAGGCUCCUCUCUGGGUCUGUUGGCGUGGCUGAUCCACCAGAGGCUCCAGGGAGUUCGAAGCCUCCAGACUCCCCUCUGGGACCUGUUUGCGUGGCUGGAUCCCCCAAAGUUCCAUAGUGAACGCGACGCCAUCCCUAGUGCAGGCUCCAGGGAGUUCGACUCCUCCAGGCUCCUCUCUGGGUCCUGUUGGCGUGGCUGGAUCCACCAGAGUUCCAUUGAGAACGCGACGCCAUCCCUAGUGCAGGCUCCAGGGAGUUCGAAGCCUCCAGACUCCUGUCUGGGACCUGUUUGCGUGGCUGGAUCCCCCAAAGUUCAUAGUGAACGCGACGCCAUCCCUAGUGCAGGCUCGAGGGAGUUCGAAGCCUCCAGACUCCCCUCUGGGACCUGUUUGCGUGGCUGGAUCCCCCAAAGUUCCAUAGUGAACGCGACGCCAUCCCUAGUGCAGGCUCCAGGGAGUUCGACUCCUCCAGGCUCCUCUCUGGGUCCUGUUGGCGUGGCUGGAUCCACCAGAGAGAACGCGACGCCAUCCCUAGUGCAGGCUCCAGGGAGUUCGAAGCCUCCAGACUCCUGUCUGGGACCUGUUUGCGUGGCUAGAUCCCCCAAAGUGAACGCGACGCUAUCCCUAGUGCAGGCUCGAGGGAGUUCGAAGCCUCCAGGCUCCUCUCUGGGUCCUGUUGGCGUGGCUAGAUCCACCAGAGCGAACGCGACGCCAUCCCUUGUACAGGCUCCAGGGAGUUCGACGCCUCGAGACUCCUCUCUGGGCCCUAUUUGCGUGGCUGAUCCACCAGAGUUCCAUAGAGAACGCGACGCCAUCCCUAGUGCAGGCUCCAGGGAGUUCGAAGCCUCCAGACUCCUGUCUGGGACCUGUUUGCGUGGCUGGAUCCCCCAAAGUUUCAUAGUGAACGCGACGCUAUCCCUAGUGCAGGCUCCAGGGAGUUCGACUCCUCCAGGCUCCUCUCUGGGUCCUGUUGGCGUGGCUGGAUCCACCAGAGAGAACGCGACGCCAUCCCUAGUGCAGUCUCCAGGGAGUUCGAAGCCUCCAGGCUCCCCUCUGGGACCUGUUUGCGUGGCUGGAUCCCCCAAAGGUGAGCUUCUAAGGCUUCAUGAUUCCAUAGUGAACGCGACGCCAUCCCUAGUGCAGGCUCCAGGGAGUUCGACUCCUCCAGGCUCCUCUCUGGGUCCUGUUGGCGCGGCUGAAUCCACCAGAGUGCAGGCUCCAGGGAGUUCGAAGCCUCCAGGCUCCCCUCUGGGCCUGUUUGCGUGGCUGGAUCCCCCAAAGUUCCAUAGAGAACGCGACGCCAUCCCUAGUGCAGGCUCCAGGGAGUUCGAAGCCUCCAGACUCCUGUCUGGGACCUGUUUGCGUGGCUGGAUCCCCCAAAGUUUCAUAGUGAACGCGACGCUAUCCCUAGUGCAGGCUCCAGGGAGUUCGACUCCUCCAGGCUCCUCUCUGGGUCCUGUUGGCGUGGCUGGAUCCACCAGAGAGAACGCGACGCCAUCCCUAGUGCAGGCUCCAGGGAGUUCGAAGCCUCCAGACUCCCCUCUGGGACCUGUUUGCGUGGCUGGAUCCCCCAAAGGUGAGCUUCUAAGGCUUCAUGAUUCCAUAGUGAACGCGACGCCAUCCCUAGUGCAGGCUCCAGGGAGUUCGACUCCUCCAGGCUCCUCUCUGGGUCCUGUUGGCGUGGCUGAAUCCACCAGAGAACGCGACGCCAUCCCUAGUGCAGGCUCCAGGGAGUUCGAAGCCUCCAGGCUCCCCUCUGGGACCUGUUUGCGUGGCUGGAUCCCCCAAAGUUCCAUAGUGAACGCGACGCCAUCCCUAGUGCAGGCUCCAGGGAGUUCGACUCCUCCAGGCUCCUCUCUGGGUCCUGUUGGCGUGGCUGGAUCCACCAGAGAAUUUAACCAUGCAUCUCCCAGUUCCAUAGAGAACGCGACGCCAUCCCUAGUGCAGGCUCCAGGGAGUUCGACUCCUCCAGGCUCCUCUCUGGGUCCUGUUGGCGUGGCUGGAUCCCCCAAAGGCUCCAGGGAGUUCGACUCCUCCAGGCUCCUCUCUGGGUCCUGUUGGCGUGGCUGGAUCCACCAGAGUUCCAUAGUGAACGCGACGCCAUCCCUAGUGCAGGCUCCAGGGAGUUCGACUCCUCCAGGCUCCUCUCUGGGUCCUGUUGGCGUGGCUGGAUCCACCAGAGUUCAUAGUGAACGCGACGCCAUCCCUAGUGCAGGCUCCAGGGAGUUCGACUCCUCCAGGCUCCUCUCUGGGUCCUGUUGGCGUGGCUGGAUCCACCAGAGUUCCAUAGAGAACGCGACGCCAUCCCUAGUGCAGGCUCCAGGGAGUUCGAAGCCUCCAGGCUCCUGUCUGGGACCUGUUUGCGUGGCUGGAUCCCCCAAAGGCUCCAGGGAGUUCGACUCCUCCAGGCUCCUCUCUGGGUCCUGUUGGCGUGGCUGGAUCCACCAGAGUUCCAUAGUGAACGCGACGCCAUCCCUAGUGCAGGCUCCAGGGAGUUCGACUCCUCCAGGCUCCUCUCUGGGUCCUGUUGGCGUGGCUGAAUCCACCAGAGAACGCGACGCCAUCCCUAGUGCAGGCUCCAGGGAGUUCGAAGCCUCCAGGCUCCCCUCUGGGACCUGUUUGCGUGGCUGGAUCCCCCAAAGUUCCAUAGUGAACGCGACGCCAUCCCUAGUGCAGGCUCCAGGGAGUUCGACUCCUCCAGGCUCCUCUCUGGGUCCUGUUGGCGUGGCUGGAUCCACCAGAGGCUCCAGGGAGUUCGACUCCUCCAGGCUCCUCUCUGGGUCCUGUUGGCGUGGCUGGAUCCACCAGAGUUCCAUAGUGAACGCGACGCCAUCCCUAGUGCAGGCUCCAGGGAGUUCGACUCCUCCAGGCUCCUCUCUGGGUCCUGUUGGCGUGGCUGGAUCCACCAGAGCUUCUUUCAUGAAACUUUCACAAUCGGUGAACUUUGUUUGGUCAAAAUUUAACCAUGCAUCUCCCAGUUCCAUAGUGAACGCGACGCCAUCCCUAGUGCAGGCUCCAGGGAGUUCGACUCCUCCAGGCUCCUCUCUGGGUCCUGUUGGCGUGGCUGGAUCCACCAGAGAGAACGCGACGCCAUCCCUAGUGCAGGCUCCAGGGAGUUCGAAGCCUCCAGACUCCCCUCUGGGACCUGUUUGCGUGGCUGGAUCCCCCAAAGUUCCAUAUAGAACGCGACAGCCAUCCCUAGUGCAGGCUCCAGGGAGUUCGAAGCCUCCAGGCUCCCCUCUGGGACCUGUUUGCGUGGCUGGAUCCCCCAAAGUCAAAAUUUUAACCAUGGAUCUCCCUAGUUCCAUAGUGAACGCGACGCCAUCCCUAGUGCAGGCUCCAGGGAGUUCGACUCCUCCAGGCUCCUCUCUGGGUCCUGUUGGCGUGGCUGGAUCCACCAGAGAGAACGCGACGCCAUCCCUAGUGCAGGCUCCAGGGAGUUCGACUCCUCCAGGCUCCUCUCUGGGACCUGUUGGCGUGGCUGGAUCCACCAGAGGCUCCAGGGAGUUCGACUCCUCCAGGCUCCUCUCUGGGUCCUGUUGGCGUGGCUGGAUCCACCAGAGUUCCAUAGUGAACGCGACGCCAUCCCUAGUGCAGGCUCCAGAGAGUUCGACUCCUCCAGGCUCCUCUCUGGGUCCUGUUGGCGUGGCUGGAUCCACCAGAGAGAACGCGACACCAUCCCUAGUGCAGGCUCCAGGGAGUUCGAAGCCUCCAGGCUCCCCUCUGGGACCUGUUUGCGUGGCUGGAUCCCCCAAAGUGCAGGCUCCAGGGAGUUCGACUCCUCCAGGCUCCUCUCUGGGUCCUGUUGGCGUGGCUGGAUCCACCAGAGAGAACGCGACGCCAUCCCUAGUGCAGGCUCCAGGGAGUUCGAAGCCUCCAGACUCCCUCUGGGACCUGUUUGCGUGGCUGGAUCCCCCAAAGUUCCAUAGAGAACGCGACGCCAUCCCUAGUGCAGGCUCCAGGGAGUUCGAAGCCUCCAGACUCCUGUCUGGGACCUGUUUGCGUGGCUGGAUCCCCCAAAGUUUCAUAGUGAACGCGACGCUAUCCCUAGUGCAGGCUCCAGGGAGUUCGACUCCUCCAGGCUCCUCUCUGGGUCCUGUUGGCGUGGCUGGAUCCACCAGAGGCUCCAGGGAGUUCGACGCCUCGAGGCUCCUCUCUGGGCCCUAUUUGCGUGGCUGGAUCCACCAGAGUUCCAUAGAGAACGCGACGCCAUCCCUAGUGCAGGCUCCAGGGAGUUCGAAGCCUCCAGACUCCCCUCUGGGACCUGUUUGCGUGGCUGGAUCCCCCAAAGGCCUGCCGGCUGAAGACGUCCGAAAUUUUUCUGCACGAUCUCCUCACGUUCGGAGGCUGCGGAGAACGGUUGUAACGUGUGUUCGAGACAUUUGGACCUCCUUCACUGGCACAAGCUAA